AGUAAAUCCGUUACCUGGUCCAUUUCCUUGGAUGCCCCUGUUAGGAAAUACGCUAGAGUUAUUAAAAUAUAAAAACAUCGCAGAAUAUUUAAAAGAAGUUCAAUCGAAAUACGGAGAUUUCUGUGAAAUUCACAUUGGUUUUAAACGACUUCUCAUAAUUUCUAAUGGUGAUGUGGCACAUCCAAUUCAUACUUCUUCAGUAACUCUUAGUCGUAAAUUCUUAUAUCGUGAUUUAAAAAAUCCUGGACUGGAAGAAAUGGGUAUAGAAAAUAGUGGAAUAGUUUUUAAUAGAAAUUUAGAUGAAUGGAAAAUCAAUCGUGAAUUCGUUGAAAGAAUAGUAAGGUCAAGAAAUUUUUUAAGAAUGAUUACAGGGAAAACAUAUGAAAUGGCCACUGAUUUGUUUAGGUUAUGGGAUAUUUUGAUAAAUGACCAGAGGGAAAUUGAUCUAUCUAAAUGGCUAGAAAAACUUUCUGGGGAUAUAGCAGUCAAAACAACAACUGGAUUACCUGGUUACUCAGUGCACACUUUUUUUAAUUCACUGGGUUAUGAUGUUAAUUGUGAUAAUCUUUCAAAUUCAGAACGGGAACUAUCUUCAAAAAUGAUUUCUCUAGUUAAUUCUUCUUUUAAAACAGCGCAAUGGUUCAGUUUAGUUCCACCCUUUAUAAGACAUGCUCCUGGAAUAAGCUUUUUUAACAACAAACUUUCAAAAGUUAUAAAAAAUUUAGAA